CACGAGUGAUCGAGCCGGUACUUCUUGCUCGCGUCGUACAGCUGAGCUCCGUCCGCCAGAAGGUUGUUGUAGCCGGUUAGCGUCAUGGCGAACGUUGCGGAUACAAAGCUCUACGACAUACUCGGAGUUUCGCCAUCUGCUUCUGAAAAUGAACUAAAAAAGGCUUACCGCAAAUUGGCCAAAGAAUAUCAUCCUGACAAGAACCCUGAUGCUGGAGACAAGUUUAAAGAGAUCAGUUUUGCAUAUGAAGUACUGACAAACCCAGAGAAGAAGGAGCUAUAUGAUCGCUAUGGAGAACAGGGGCUCCGGGAAGGAGGCAGUGGAGGGCCUGGCAUGGACGAUAUCUUCUCACAUAUAUUCGGGGGAGGGCUGUUUGGGUUCAUGGGGGGACAGGGAAGAGGACGAAAUGGAGGCAGAAGGAAAGGAGAAGAUAUGGUGCAUCCACUUAAAGUUUCUCUUGAAGACCUCUAUAAUGGGAAAACCACCAAACUGCAGCUCAGUAAAAAUGUGUUGUGUGGUGCCUGUAAUGGUCAGGGAGGUAAAGCAGGAUCGGUUCAGAAGUGUACGACAUGCAGAGGGCGAGGUAUGAGAGUCAUAAUCCGACAGUUGGCUCCUGGCAUGGUUCAACAGAUGCAGUCAGUCUGCACAGAUUGCAGUGGAGAGGGUGAAGUGAUAAAUGAGAAGGACCGCUGUAGAAAAUGUGAAGGUCACAAGGUUUGUAAGGAGACCAAGCUGCUAGAAGUUCAUGUGGACAAAGGAAUGAGACAUGGGCAGAAGAUUACGUUCACUGGGGAAGCUGACCAGGCACCAGGCAUUGAACCAGGCGAUAUUGUUCUUGUCUUACAAGAGAAAGACCAUGAGGACUUCCGUCGUGAAGGACAUGACCUUCACAUGGUUCAACGCAUUGGCCUGGUUGAGGCUCUCUGUGGGUUCCAGAUGACUGUCUCACACCUUGAUGGACGUCAGUUGCUCGUCAAGUACCCACCAGGCAAAGUCAUUGAACCAGGCUGUAUUCGAAUGGUGAAGGGAGAAGGAAUGCCUCACUACAGAAACCCAUUUGAAAAGGGAGACCUUUACAUCAAAUUUGAUGUCCAGUUCCCUGAAAGCAACUGGAUUAGCCCAGAAAAACUGAAUGAACUUGAGUGCUUGUUGCCUGCUCGUGCUGACAAUCCUGUAAUCUCAGGAGACGCAGAGGAAGUUGACCUGACAGAUUUUGACAGGAGUCAAGGAUCAGGAGGCGGAGCCAGGAGAGAGGCCUACAAUGAUAGCUCUGAUGAGGAAGGGGGCCAUCAUGGCCCAGGGGUGCAGUGUGCACACCAAUAGAUAGACUUGUGCAUGAAUACAUGCACACAUGCGCGUGCACAUAAAUACAUGAACAUCCCUUGUGCCCAACUGCUACCACCAGUUAAGACUCUGAUGCACAUACAUGCAUUUGGCACCAUUCUCAAUUUUCAUGGAAAGGAGACACACAAAUGCAGUGGCUGUAUAGAUUCAUCUCCCUUGGGGCUUUGCAGAAAUUGUUUGAGACAUCAAAUUAAAACAAUAAUCUUCAUACAUUUAAAAAUUUGCUCUAAUCUCAUUGUGUAGGAAAUAAAUGUAUAUGGCAUUAUUUGGUACCACCAUGCUGCAUGAUUUUUUUUUUUUUUGUCUGCCGCUGGCUUUGGGAGCCUCAUUAGGACUGAGGAACACAAACACAACAAUACACAAAACUCCUGAAGGAAAACUUGAUGCUAUCUGCAGGAAAACUCGCAAUUUCAAGAUUUGUCUUGGAGCAAGAUGAGAACCCAAAGCACAUAGCCAAAUUUACAGACAUCUUUUAAAAACUAAUAAUGAUUUUGUGGAGCGUUGGACUCCGGAGGAGCAAAGUCUGGAGUUAGUGUCUGUGCAAAACUGAUACGUAACUGCCCUCAGUAAAGGCUGGAACUCAUGCGAAACGUGCACAAAUAAAGUGCAUAUAUUUUUUAUGUAAAAAUAAAUAUAUUUUAAAAAUUUGAAGAUUUGUUUAGAUUUUGAAAUUUAAUAGCAUAAUGGUCAAAAUUUAGGCAUUUCAAAAAAUUGUCACAAAACAAAAUGUAAAAUCCCAAAGGAGAUGAACUCAUUUGACAAUCACUGUAGAUGACGCUGUAAAAUCCACCCUUCUCAGUUCCAUGGUGCCCAUAAGUCACAGAGAUGCUGGCCGUGAGAUGAUCACAUGGGCUUUAUGGACAGUCAAGCUCAUCAUUCUCUCCAGCAAGAAGACAAGUCUCGUUCUCAGACUGCUUUUGAGUUGUGUUCAUACUCAGCUGUUUCUCUUUCGCUGCAGGGAAUACUCUUUUGAGUGUAUAAAAUGCCAUUAUUGACUCGUGUAUAAGGAGUUGUUCAGUCGGCCACAUAAAAGCGCAUGCUGCCUAAACAUUCAAAUCAUUUGAGUCCAUGAAAGUUUCCCACCAUGAUUUUGAAGUUCAUUGUGUUAUUGCUAAGUUUCCCUGCAGUCAACAAAAAUUAAGUAAAUAAAUAAAUUUGGAGGAUUGUAAUGGAAGAGUUUGCCAAAAAUGGAUGUAUUUGUCACAAUUAACCACAUUUCCUGAAAAUGGAAGCAGCUGGACAAAUCGUGAGCACAGUGGGAGAGGUGUCGUAACUGGAAAUCUUGUCACAAACUGUUGAUUUCAAGCCUUGUUACUGAUAAGGUGCAGUUUAGGUAGGUUUAAUCAAUUCAUAUUUUUUAAAUAUUUGAAAAUUGGUGGAAGAAUUUGCAGUGUUGUAAUAUCCAGAGUUGAAAAAUUGGAUUGGACUUUUAAUUCUGCCUGCAGUCAUCACAGCAGCUGAUGUACUUCUGACUCCAAGUUGGAUUUUAGCCCUGCCUGCUGAGUCUCACACGGUUAUAAUCCACUUCAUUAUGGGGUGAAGGUUCUAAUUCUGAAUGAGGUUGGGUAUAACCAGACUGGAACUGAUGGCGUGUUCAUCCAUGCACCAUGUUUUCUCAAUUUUGGAGAUUGUUCAGUGUUUGGUUUUGAUGUUAGUUUAUGAUUCUAAGUUGUCUUCAUUUGAGGCUGGGCACAUUUUUGUAUGUGUGUGUGUGUGUGUGUGUAAUGCAGCAGUUUGGUGUGUGGAAUGCUCAGUGGCUUUCUCCUUUUUUUUUCUUUUUUUUCCCUCCCCUCCUUUUGGACUGCAGUGACUGGACACUAAUAUCAAAGAAGAAUGGGGGUAUAAAAUGAAAGUUUAGUUCCCGCCCUCCUGCUCAGCAGGAUGGAGAGCUUCUCCUUUGGUAGGAAAUGCUUUGUACCCAUACUUUCCUUUGUAUUACAAAUAUCUCCCCACUGUAGCCAAAAUGUCAUUGAACAGGAUGCAGUACACCUGCAGAAUGAUCUUCAGUCCUUGGGUGCAUUUAAAGCUGCUGGCAGAAAGUGAGGACAUCUGUUGGGACGUCUGUACCUCUAUGACUCUUGUGUGGUUUCAGCCACAGAGAAUUUGUGUACACAACUAAAGGAGUCAUCGAUACAUAUUACUGUUGAUGCUUAUGUUUGUCAAGAUAAUUAAGCUGUAUAAUAAAUGAUAACCAUAAGUUU